GGGCGACCAGUGUGCGGCAGCAACACGCCACGCGGCCACAGCGAGUAGCGCCGGAAGGAGCUAGUUUUUACCAAGACAGCUAGGAAGGAAAAGAGAGAGAAAACAGAAGAAAGUGACCAAACCAAACGGUUUGUAAAAUGUCCAGAGGGCAAAAUCUGAGAGGUUUGGUGGAGGAGCGUCUGAUUGCGGCUGCUGAAGACAUAUAUGUGCUGUUUGAAAGAAUCACAGCAGAAUAUGAGGAGGAACUGUGUCGCUGCAAACAGGAGAACGAGAGAAAGCAACGGCUCCUGGACUCGACUCUGAGCCCGAGAGUCGUGCUGACCAGAGCCGGUGUCCACAUGUCCUCUCUGAGUCCUGGUCUCGCUCUGAAACAGGAAAUCCCAGAGACUCCACAGAUUAAAGAGGAGGCAGAAGAAGAGCACAUCAAACAGGAGGAAGAGGAGCUGCACAUGUCUGUCCCUGAGUCCAAUGGUGGCUGUGUGAAGACAGAAGAGUCCUCACUGCCUCAACGAAAAGAAACUGAUCACAGAGAGGACACGCAGGGAGAGGACACCAGCUCACAGACACUUGUCCACAGAGAGGACACACAAGGAGAGGACAUCGACUCAGAGACACAUGUCCACCCCGAGACUGAAGGAGACACGGAGCACUCUUCUGACAUUGACAGUGAUGAAGACUGGCGUGCUCCAAUCGACUUUACAGCUGCACAGAUGGAGACAGAGGCAGAUGGAGACCUCUACAACCACGUCCAGAUCAGAGCAAAAAGCACCACUGCACCACACUCAGGUCUAUCCCCCAAAUACAAGUCUGCACCAGAGGUCACAGCCACUGUGGACAAUGGGGACCUGUCAGGAACAACCGAAGGAGCUGCAGGGGAAAAACACCAGUGCUCUAUUGGUAAAAAGAGAUUUGACUUAAACAAUUUAAAAAGACACUUUAGACUUCACAGAAGUGAGAAACCUUACAGCUGUUUGGUCUGUGAGAAAGCAUUUCCUCAAAAAAGUACUCUUACACUACACAUGAGAACGCACACAGGUGACAAACCUUACAGCUGUUGUGUUUGUGAAAAAAAAUUUGCUCAUAAAAGUACUCUCGCAGACCACAUGAGAACACACACAGGAGAAAAGCCUUACAGCUGUUCUGUCUGUGAGAAAGCAUUUACUCAUAAGAGUACUCUUACACUACACAUGAGAACACACACAGGUGACAAACCUUACAGCUGUUGUGUCUGUGAGAAAGCAUUUCCUCAUAAAAGUACUCUCAUAAAACACAUGCGAACACACACAGGAGAGAAGCCUUACAGCUGUUCUGUCUGUGAGAAAGCAUUUACUCAAAAGAGUACUCUCACAGACCACAUGAGAACACACACAGGAGACAAGCCUUACAGCUGUUUUGUCUGUGAGAAAGCAUUUACUUAUAAGAAGACUCUCACAAAACACAUGAGAACACACACGGGAGACAGGCCUCACAUCUGUUCUGUCUGCGAGAAAGCAUUUACUGUAAAGAGUAAUCUCGCAAAGCACAUGAGAACACAUGCAGGCGUCAAAACUUACAGUUGUUCUAUUUGCGAAAAAGUAUUUACUCAUAAGAGUUCUCUCAGAAAACACAUGACAACACACACAGGAGAGAAGCCUUACAGCUGUUCUGUCUGUGAGAAAGCAUUUACUCAAAGGUAUACUCUCACAGAACACAUGAGAACACACACGGGAGACAAGCCUUACAGCUGUUUUGUUUGUGAGAAAGCAUUUACUACAAAGGGUAAUCUCAGAAAACACAUGAGAACACACACAGGAGACAAGCCUUACAGCUGUUCUGUCUGUGAGAAAGCAUUUACUGAUAAGGGAAAUCUCAUAAAACACAUGAGGACACACACAGGAGACAAGCCUUACAGCUGUUCUGUCCGUAAUAAACUAUAUACCUACAGCAGUGUUCUGAAAAAACUUAUGAGAACUCACUCAGAAGAGCAAUCGGUUGGACAGAGUGUGAACUGUUCAAAAUGAGAAUGAGAUUCUGUUAUAAUAUAUUGUACUGUUAAGAAAAUAAAUGUUUGUGCUUAAUAUCUGUGUAAUUGCUGAGCCUACCCACUUUAAACUAAAGCACCUUAUUUAAUAUUGUUGUUUGUGGAGCCACGGUUGACCAACAACUGCAUUUCUAGUUUGAAAUGUAUGCGGUUUAUAUCCAUUAUACUCUCUCUUAAAAAGGGGGAAAGCUGAGGAUCCAUCCUGAACAGAUGCCACUUCAGCUUCUCUCGAUGUGGGAGAUCUACUCUGAGCUCCUCCUGUGUGACCGAGCUCCUCAGCCUGUUUCUAAGGCCAAAUGACACGCUGGAAGUUUUCAUCUAGUCACACAUGGGCAGAGGUGUAGAGUAUCCAAAACAUGUAAGUAAGAGUAACGUUACUUCAAAAUAAUAUUACUCAAGUAGAAGUACCAAGUAGUGAUAAGAGGAGAAAAGUAUCUAAGAAAACAACUAGUCAAGU